AUGGCGAUGAAUAAUUAUCAAUGGCCAACUGAAAGGGGACAAUCAAAGAAAGUUGCUGGAAUGAUGGAAUUGGAUGCUAUAUCCAUGCUUACCGCUCAAGUAGCAGCCUUGACGAAGCAAUUACAAAAGACUACACUCCCAUCUCAAGCUAUGCAAGUUCAAAACCUUUGUGAAGUGUGUGGUACAACCCAUCAACCAAACCAAAGCCCUGCUAUAGAUAUGAAUAACAUGCCCAUGGAAGAAGUCCAAGUAAUAGGAAAUUACCAAAGACAGCCUAAUAAUCCUUAUUCUAUGACCUACAACCCAGCUUGGAAGAACCAUCCAAAUUUUUCCUGGUCUAACAAUCAAAACACUCUCCAACCUUAUCCUCCACCUCAACCACCAUAUCAACCUACCCAAAAUAGGCCACCUUAUCCACAGCAAUAUGCACACCAAAAUCCUCCACCUGGCUAUUAUCAAUCACAAAAUAGACCACUUCCCCAAAUGCCAAUGAAACCAGCUGAAACCCAACCUGAUUGCCAAGCUAUUACUUUGAGAAGUGGAACGAGAUAUGAAGGGCUAAAGAAGAGUCAGUCAGAAGAAGAAGAGAAGAAUUUGGAUGAUAAAAAUGUUACUGAAGACCUUAAGGAAGAAGAGGAGUCCCCACCUGUAAUUAUUGAGCAUCAUGUUAGAGUUCCAUAUCCACAAAGACUUCGCAAGCAUAAUUUGGAUAAGCAGUUUGCAAAGUUUUUAGAGUUGUUCAAGAAACUACAUAUAAAUAUACCAUUCGCGGAAGCAUUAGAAUAG